ACACAAAUCAAAGGAGAUGGAUAUUUAGAUUUUUGAAACCUACCAACAUGUGUUUGGAGAUGGGCUCAAUCUUUUAAAAACCAACAUCUGGCCUUGCGUAAAUACACAAAUCAAAGGAGAUGGACACCAUGGAGGUGAAGGAUAUGCUUUUCAUGAACAAAGGAGAUGGAGAAAAUAGCUUCUUUCAGAACUCUUAUUUUACGCAAAAAGUAGUGGCUAUGUCGAAGCCUGCACUAAAAAAGGUAGUUCAAUCUCUGGUCUCUGAAGAUUUUUCCUCAUAACAAGUUCUAAACGUAGCGGAUUUGGGUUGUUCUUCCAAUUCAACCACAUAUGCAAUAAUAGAAACUGUGAUAGAUAGUGUGAAAAGAAAAUGCAAGGAAUUGAAUUAUCAAAUUCCAGAGUUUCAAUUUUACUUGAACGAUCUGCCAGGGAAUGACUUCAACACGCUCUUCAAAGGUUUGCCCAACUUUACUGAAAAAUAUGAGGGUCUGCCUUGCUUUGUGAUGGGAUGCCCUGGCUCUUUCCAUGGCCGGCUUUUCCCCAGAAACAGCAUGCAUCUUGUUCAUUCCUCCUACGGUGCCCUUUGGCUCUCCAAGGCACCGAGACUCAUGGACAAAGAUGGUUUGCCAUUAAAUAAGGGGAAAGUUUACGUAUCUAAAGCCAGUCUUCCUGCUGUUAAAGAAGAAUAUCUUGCUCAAUUUCAAGAAGACUUCAGUUUGUUUCUCAAUUCACGCUCUCAUGAGAUGAUACGCGAUGGUCGAGUUAUCUUGAUAAUCCAUGGAAGAUUAUCGGACGAUCCCACAAAUGGAGAGUCCUGGGAACCUUUAGCUGAGGCUAUAGCUCACAUGGUUUCCCUGGGAUUAAUUCCUGAAGAGAAGUUAGACUCUUUUAACGUGCCAUAUUACAUUCCAUCACAACAAGAAGUGAAAGAUAUAGUGGCCAGGGAAGGAUCCUUUGAACUUGAGCUCCUGGAGACAUUUCCAAUUAAAAUUGGAGACAAAAGCGUAUGGAGUAGCCAUGAAAAAUUAAUUAAAGGCAGAAGGUCUUUCACAGAGCCCAUGGUUUCACACCACUUUGGAGUGGAAAUAGUUGACAAAUUGUAUGAUAAAUUUGCCCAAAUAGUGCUUCAGGAUCUGGCUACACGUACAGAACCUGGAGAAAUCAUAAGCUUUAUUGUUGUGUUGAGGAGAUUGUAAGCUAAGUUACCUAUAUCAACAAUAAAACUUCUCCCUCGGCCGCCAAUGAUGUAGGCCAAUGACAAAUGAAGAAACCACUUCACACAAUGAAUCGAACAUGUCAAAGUGAAGAAGCCAAAUCAUCAAAUUGAAGUUCAUCUUCAUCUUUGUCAAAUAGGCUCUAGAUGACAAGAAAUAAGAGGUGCUUAUGUCGAUUCGGCUUUAGACAAAGAGAAAUAAAGUACGAUUCCAUCGAAUUGGCUUCCAUUGUCCAAGGGGUUUAGUUUGUCAUCAGCUUCUUCACUUCGUUGUUUUCAAUUUGAUAUGCAUUGGGGUUUCUUCUCCUAUCCUUGACCUUCAUCAUCAGUGGUAGAGGCAGAAGAUGAGAUGAAGAUAGUCUUAGCCAAAGUCCAAUCACCAAAGAAGGAAUGAAAAGAUUGAAAUUGUGUGAGAGAAAA